GAGAGCAAGGACUUUCUUUUUCAGGCCGGGUAGGUUGCCCACCAACAACUCAAGUAAACGGUCAAAUAGAUUAAGAGUCGGCAGCACAAUCACCAGCCAUCCUUUGAAGAAACGUAAUAUUUAGGAAUUAAAUCGCCAUUAUUGAUCACACGAAAUACUAACAAGUAAAAUCGAAAAAGAAGGCACAAGAAGAGGCGCAUAGAAACAUUUUCAUACUCGAUGACAUUACAUCGCAAUGUCCGAUCGUUUGGGGCAAAUAACCAAGUCCAAGGAUGGGAAAAGCAAGUAUUCAUCACUCAGCCUAUUUGAUAAGUACAAGGGAAAGUCUAUAGAAACUCAGAAAACCGCAGCAGUUCCGCGACAUGGCUUACAGAGUCUUGGCAAAGUGGCCGCAGCCCGGCGCAUGCCCCCACCUGCUCACCUGCCGAGCCUGAAGUCAGAGAACAAAGGAAACGAUCCCAACGUGAUUAUUGUGCCCAAAGACGGAACAGGAUGGGCAAACACACAGGAACAAACCGAUCAAAAGAGUUCCAUUGCAUCAACAGCACAGCUGCCGGAGUUGCAGCCACAGCUGGCUUUGCAGAAAUCUGUCUCCAAUCUCCAGAAGCCCACACCGGUAGCCAGUCAGGAGAGCACAAACACAGGUGGACCAAAGCAAUGGGCCCAGCUAAAUGGAAAGGCCGUAGAACUAGAUGGUUUAAGGGCUUCAAACCGACUGCAGCCCUUCUCUCACGAGGAAUUUCCAACACUGAAGGCUGCUGGGGAACAGGACAAGGCUGGCAAGGAAAGAAGCGCCUUCGAUCCGUCGUAUGGGCCCGGACCAAGCCUCCGCCCCCAGAAUGUGACAAGUUGGAGGGAGGGUGGUGGGAGGAACCUUGUGCCCUCAUCCCUGCCAGCAGGCCUGCCCUCAGAUUCCGAGGGCAAGGCCAGCGGCGUAGCUGAGACUGGGAGCCCCCCUCCACCUCUUCCCCCCUCUGCCGCCCUCUCUGCCUCUAUGAUCAGUCCCACCCCUGCCACCAUUGUCAGCGCCCCUCUAGUCCUAGAGCCCAAGGAGCCCUCUCUGCGCCCUGCCCAGCCCCUCCGCAGGCCCACCCCCCCUGCCCUGAACCAUCACCAGCUCCACCACCCUACCACCACCACCACCUACCACGACAUGCUGCCUGCCUUCAUGUGCACCAAAGAGACCCGUGAUGCUCCCGGCACUGCUGAACACACUGGCCCUGUCACUGUGGUCGCCCCAGUUCGCUUUGACAACCGGCCCACCUUCAGACAGCCCUACCCCAACAUCAACCAAGAGCCUGUCAAUGGUGAGGUUAGGAGAGAAGAAAACCGCUUCAUCCGUGGGCCCUCUCGCAACCCCUCCUCCAGACCCAUCCGUCGGCCCGGUGACAGACCCCCUCGUCCGGCCAUCAUCAACCCAGAGGACCUGAAGGAUCUGGACGAGCUGGACAACGACUGUGAAGACGGCUGGGCAGGUAUCCAUGAAGAAGUGGAUUAUGGCGAGAAACUCAAGUUCAGUGACGAUGAGGAGGAGCACGCCGAAAAGAACAAGAUGUGGGCUGAAUGGGAGAACCAGCGUCGCGAGCACCAGUUGUCGCUGAGCUCAGGAGAGGGGGCGUACCCCCAGGAGGGCCCUGAGGAGGAGGCUUACCUGGCCUUCCAGGAGCAGAUGGCCCACAGGAAGACCAACAGCAGGUUCCCCUCUGGAGAACCACAGGCCCAGCAGAAGAGCUCCGGGCCUGGCAUGGCCCACCAGGGUGAACCCCUGGACGACCAGGAGGAGCGCCAGGGCCCUGCCCGGGCCAAGUUUGUAUCACCGGAACUCUCGGAGGCAGUGGAGAGAGCUCGUCGGCGCAGGGAGGAGGAGGAGAGACGCGCCCGUGAGGAGAGACUCGCCGCCUGCGCCGAGAAGCUCAAGAGGCUAGACGAGAGGUUUGGGAAGACGGAGAGACAGUUGUCAAGGUCUGAGGAUGGAGUGAAGGAUGCAGAGAGCAAGGAGGCAGCACUGUCUCCUGGGAGAGAGAGCAAAACCCACCAGGAGAGCUGGCAAUAUGGCACGAAAGACACUGAGUGUCCCUUGGAGCACUCCCCCGGCCAGCAGGACUACAGGGAAGAGGGCACCUUGGGCUUCGCCCCCUACCGCAUUGAGGACGAUGGCGGGGCUGAUCCCACUUCUCCCCUGCCCGACUACACAAACCACCAGGCCUCCAAGCCCCUCCCGCCCCGCUUCCAAAAGCAGCAGCAGGACCAAGUGUAUAAAAUGCAGCACUGGCAGCAGCAGCAGUCUGGCCACCCCGCCCCCUCUGGCUCCAGCCACCCCCCGAGGGGGUACUACCCCCCACACAUGCUGGGCUUCGACCCCCGCUGGAUGAUGAUGCCCCCUUUCUUGGACCCCCGCAUGGCCCAGGGCCGCUCCCCCGUGGACUACUACCCCAACGCUGUCCACUCUUCAGGAAUGAUGAAAUCGAUGAUGCAGCCAGACCACCUGAACAGCCCAGGGUCCGCCUCUGACGAUGGCUGCCAUCCCAGCAUGCAUCAGGAGAGGAGGGCCCCCUCCACCGAGCCCUACCCCGUGUGGAACCAAGAUGGCUACCCCCCUCGCAGUUUCACCCCACCCUACCAGAGACAGCACGAGAGCUCAGACAGGAGCCAGCCAGACGACCGGAGUGACAGGACAUGUUCCCAGCAGGACUUGUACGAAGAGAGUGGCAACGAGUGCCUAGACCACCCAUCUGGUGACCUCUCCCAUCAGGCCUACCGCCAGAGCAAAGAUCCCGACAGGGAUCACCACCCGCACGACCAAGGCCUGCUCUCCUCAGCCCCGAGCCGGCCCCAGCAGCCGCAUGCAGACAGCGACUACCCCAAACAGGAGCCCAAAGACAGGUACCUGAAGGACGGCACUGAACCCUGUGAUGAAGUUUUCGACACCUCCAAGGAAAAGGUUUUUGACUCAGACUUCCAUAGGCGAGAUGGAGGCCAGAAGAAGGAAGUUGGUGUUGGUGGUCAGAACCAGUGGUCUGAUCCUGGCUCCAGCUCCCCUGCCAGCAGUGUAAGCCAGCCCUCUGAGACUGGCGGUAGGACCCUGACCCGUAGGACCGGUCCCAUCAAGAAGCCUGUGCUAAAGGCCCUCAAAGUGGAGGACAAGGAGAACGAGAAGCCCAAAGUGGAGGCUGAGGAGAAGGUAGUCCCUUACCGCUUGGAAAAGGAGGUGCUCACCAACGUAUAUGACCUGAAGAAAGACAACCAACCCCUAGUAAGUAACAGACGCUCGGCCUCGCCUGCUAUCGAGAAGCAGCCAGAAGAGAAGCAACAACCACCAGCUCCUGCUAAAAUAGAGCGGCCAGCCAGUACCCACAGUGAGGAUUUGCCGAAGGAGAACAGCUGGGACAGCGGAAAGAGCCAGUCCUCCAGAGACAGCCAGGAGAGCAGGGAGCCUGGUGCACCACGACGCAACAACUGGAUCUUCAUCGAUGAGGAGCAGGCCUUUGCCGGAGCCAGGGGAACGGGUAGAGGUCGGAGCCGUGGCGGCUUCAGGGAGUUCAGUUCCAGAGGAGACCGUGGUGGCCGGGGAGGCCGAGAGAACCCCAGAGGAGGCUACAACAACAAUAUCAACAGCAGGGACGCCGCUGGAACCCAGAGACCAGGCAGAGGCAGAGGACUGCCCAGGGACUUUGUCAAGGUGGAGGACCUGCAGAGGGGGAAGCCGAGGAGGCGCAACGUCAGCGAGACUCUGAGCGAGACCUCAGAGUACGAGGAGCUGCCCAAGCGGCGACGCCAGAAGGGCUCUGAAAACGGAGAGGGUGGCAGCUACCCAGAGCAGGGAGAGACCAGGAAGGCGGACCGAGACUCUUGGAGGUCCAACAAGGUGUACACGGAAGAACAGGCGGCCAGUGACGCCCGCGACAAGGCCAAAGCCAGCAGCAGGGGGUUCGGAGGCUUCGGCCGCUCGCUGCCUCCCAGACUCGAUACUGGCAGGGGCUACAACACCAGCCGAGGGUUCAACAAUGGCUCCAGAGACAUCUCCACCUGGAGGGGGCGGGGGACUCAGUUUGGCAGUGGCGGUGGGCCCAUGCAGGAGAACGGCUACGGCUUGGGCACCGAGACCUAUUCCAGGAGACCACCUGCAGAGCGUGAGCCCCUCAAAUACACCCCCAAGUUUACUGGCUCUACCGGUUCCUUCAUGGAGAACGGCGCUGAGGACCGCAGCGGGGAGGGCGAGUACUACAUCGACAGCGACAACCCUGGACAACAGCCGUUGAGAAGACGGAGGCCGCCGCGCCAGGACAAGCCCCCGCGUUUCCGCCGACUACGUCAAGAGAGGGAGCCCGGCAGCGGCCAGUGGACCAGCGAUGAGUACAUCAACGGAUCAGAAGGAUUCGCGAACCCCUGGCCGAGCCGCUCCAAGGAGGGAGGUAAAGAGGACGGCUGGUCCAGUGGCCACUACUCCGGAGGGGGUGGUAGGUCCGGUGGUCAGCACGGCCAGGCGGAGGACUGGGAGACUGGCUCAGAGAACAGCGACUUCAGCGACUGGAGGGAGAAGCGUGGUGGAGGGCAGCAGCAGCAGGCCCACGGGGGAGAUGUGCACUCAGACUCAGGCCACGGAGAUCCUGGGUCUGGAGAGAAGAGGGAGCUGGCCAAGAGGAGUUUCUCCAGCCAGCGCCCCCUGGUGGACCGGCAGAACAGGAAGGGUGAGGUGGAUGGGAACAAGAUGACACGCUCUUCAGAGAACCCUAACGCUCUGCCCUCCUGUAACAGGAACGACGGCUGGCAGAAUGGAGGGUCCUCCAACCAUAAGAGCAGGAGCCCAGAGGAGUCAGGCCCAGUCUACAAUGUUGAGCAGUCUGAGGAGGGCCACAAGGCCAACGAACCCUCGGGGAAGAAGCUGGACAAGGAGCUGAAGCCCAGGUCUGUGAAGGGAGACCUGGCCAAACCACUGUCUCAGUACGACCUCAACAGCUACCCCAUUGAGGGGGAUUCUGGGGGUCCUAGUCUAGACGGGUUCCAAGACCUGUCCAAGAAACAGCUGCGGCGCCCACAGGAAGACGACAGAAGGAGAAAGGAACAAGGAGCUCCUGUUCCAGGAAAGAACAGACCGAUCACCUCCAAGAUGCCCCCGCGGUUUGCCAAGAAGCAGGGUGGCAUGACCAUUGAUCAGCCAGAAGAGGGACUCUCUGCCAACAACCUGGGCACAGAAAUCUGGGAGACUAACAGCUCAGCUCUGUCAAUACAGUCAUCUGGAGGAGAUUCGUGGACCAAGCAGGUCUCCUUCACAGGCAGCGAGCCCAACUCUGAGGAUUCUGACGCGGGCCUUGAGCAGAGCAAGGAGCAGCACAAGCCUGGCCCCAUCGGCAACGAACGUUCACUCAAGCACCGCAAAGGCUCGGAGGGUGUGGAGCGUCUGGAGGGGAGGCCCAUCACGCCCGUCAACGGCGUGGACCUCCACGUGGACACGGUGCUGCCCGUGCCACCCAUCGAGUUUGGUGUCAGUGCCAAGGACUCUGACUUUAGUCUGCCACCCGGUUCCACCCCAGUGCCCGUGUCCAACCCUAUCGCCAAGCUGCAGGACGCCCUCGUCAGCAACCCGGCCCUGACCCAGGCCAUUCCCAUGCUGCGUAGAGACCACCUACAGCCUGGCAUCAACCUCAACCCCAUCUCUUUCCCCAGUGCUGACCUCACACUCAAGAUGGAGUCGGCCCGUAAGGCGUGGGAGAACUCCCAGUCUCUCCCCGAGCAGGGCUCUCCUGGUGGGGGUACCACUGGCGCCCAGCCCCCUUGCAGCGUGGGCUCCUCCAGCGGGGUGAGCUACAGCUCUUUCGGAGGGGUGUCCAUGCCCCCCAUGCCCAUUGCCUCCGUGGCGCCUUCCAUGUCCAUGCAGGGUAACCAUGUCCCCCCGCUGUAUCUGGACGGCCAUGUCUUUCCCAGCCAGCCUCGUCUGGUGCCCCCAACCAUGACCCAGCAGCAGAGCUACCAACAGGCGGCGGCUGCCCAGCAGAUCCCCAUCUCCCUACACACCUCUCUGCAGGCCCAGCUCGGUCUCCGGGGAGGCCUUCCCGUCUCUCAGUCCCAGGAGAUGUUCAACUCCAUUCCCUCCUUCAGGUCCCAGGUGUACAUGCAUCCCAAUCUGUCUCAGCCUAACCCCAUGGUGCUGUCAGGCGGUGGCCCUCUGAAGGGGCCCUAUUCGGCCUUCCCGGGCAUGCAGCCAUCAGACAUGGUCAAGCCCCAGUCGGGCUCCCACUACCAGCCCAUGAACGGCAGCCAGGCCAUGGUCUAUGACGGCCAGAUGAACCAGGGCCCUGGCAUGAGCUCCUCCCAGCUCAUGGACUCCCAGCUCAUCCAGGUGACCAUGCCCUUGCCGGGCUCCCAGCUGCGUUAUGGCUCUGCCCAGCAGCACCUCAUCCUGCCCCAAUCCAUCCAGCUCCAGCAGGGCCAGAACCUCUCCGUCGGAGCCGCCCGCAGGAUGCUCCCCCCUGGCUCCCAGCCCCCUGUCAUGACCGGCAGCAGAGAGAAUUUCCCAAUGUCUACUGGUCCGUAUACUACUUACAAGACCUCCCAGAUGGAAAUGAAAGGCUUCCAGUUCUCUGACAAGCCCAAUCACUCCCAGGGCAUGCCUGGAGGAUACAACAGACCAGGGUCUGCCAGCCCCAGUGGGAAGCAGACUGGCCCCGUGGGCCCUCUGCCUGGGCAUUACACCCAGCAGAAGACCUCAUCCAUGCAGGCCGUUCAGCAGCGAGGCUGGGCUUGCAGUGGCCCUGGCCUGACCUGUAGUUGCUGCUACAGAGACCCGGCCACCGGCUGGUAUGAGGCCCUGCUGUGCCCCCUACACGGCAAGGUCCCCCCUCCCCAGGGCAGCAUGGUUAUGCACAUGCGUCCCCCCACCACCGGCCCCUUCCCCACCCCCAUCCAGAGACCUGUCAUGCAGGUCAACAAGACAGUCAUCAUCCGCUCCCCCCCUUACCCCAAUCCCGGGCGCGAGCCACCCCACUCCACCCCCCCCUCGGCCCCCGAGCCCACCGUCAAGGGGCCGGAGGAUGGCAUGAAGAGUAAAGCCCUGCGAAAUGGGCACCAGCUGGUGGGUGAGGGGAAGGCACUGUCGUGGGGCCUGAUGACCAGCAAACUCCAGGAGUCCCUUCCCGGCUGGCAGGGCAAACCAGCACCAUGCACCUGAGCCAUCAAACCCCAGGCUGUCAAAGUGGAGGGCAAGGCAUGGCAACGGACCUUCAACCUCCACCCAACCUGCCUCUGGAAGACACAACCCCGUGCACCCUCUUUCGACCCACCUCCCAGCCUUCUAUUGCCAACCCCCAGAUCGGGCGCCAAACUAAGGAGCAGGCAGGCAUACUGUACCAACUCCCCGAACUACCAGAACCGGACACUUAUUAUUAUUAAACCACGUGUUGUGGUUGU